CGCCGCGCGCGAACCAACACGCAUGAAUCCGCGCGAGUGCCGUAUACGUAUGUACUCGUGUAAAAUGAAUAUGUGUCUUGGACGCGAGUAAGCGUCGUGUGUCGUACGUAGAGUACGACGAGCAAGUGUUCCGAUUCUGACACGAUGACACGACCGUGCUAAGAAAACGUGGGACGACAGUGAGUCGUGCGGUCGCGAGUGUUUCGAGAGACGCGUUCGAUCGUGUGUUAUCUUCUAUACUUCGCCGUUGCUCCUUCUCGAUGCAGGAAGACGAACUCGUCGAAGAUAGCAAUUUCGAAUUAGAGGUCUGCUGCGUUUCAUCGUCGCAGGACACGCCGUGAUCUCGCGUAGGAGAACGGACGGAGUGUAUGUGUGUGUGUGUGUGAGAGUGAGAGAGAGAGAGAGAGAGAGAGAGAGAAAGAAAGAGUGAGAGAGUGAAAAAGAGAGGGAGAGAAAGAAAGAGAGAGAGAGAGAGAGAGAGAAGUGGAUAUCGAUGAACAUGGUUCGAACGUUUCUGGCCGGUUUUUCAACGAGCACGAAAGAUCGAGGAUCUUUCGAUACGAGAAUCGUGUCUCUCUCGCGAGAAGUUCGUUAAAUUCUAUGCGAGCAAUAUGUGAAAAGGCAUCGCUUCAUCGAGAAGACGAAAUAGCCCGAACGAUGUGCCAGUGAAACUGGCGUAAAAAACGUAUCGUGCGUCGAAGAGGCUCUCCGGCAUUGCAAAUGGUGCUUAACCUAACCUUUCGUUCUUCUCCGCUCGUCGUCACGGUUUUUCUCGCUGCGGAGCGCGUUCUUUCGAGAUCUCGCAGGGAACUGAAAUUGGAAAGAAAGAAUCUAAAACACCGAAAUCGUGCACCUUUUUUGCAUUCGUAAUUUGUUUGUCCUCAGACAGCAGUGGUGGUGGUUAUUCGUGUCAGCAUUCGGUGGAAACACGAGAUCAGAAUCUAAGGGAGAUAUUUUGAACGCUAGGUCUUCGUCCUUUGUUUAAGAACCACGAAUCCAGUGGUCGUUAUAAAAUCUUUGAUUUCUGAAUAAGAGCAUAAAGAGCAGUGUUUGCUCACGUUUUGUGUUGUGCAAUGUGGUUCUGUAAAACAAAGCUCUAAUUUUGUGUAAGCUGACAUUUCAAUACUUGCGUCAAGCUGCUGCUGCUGCUGCUGGUGGUGGUGGUGGUGGUGGUGGUUGUAGAGUGACGUUACAACCGGAUUGGAACAAAGUUAUCAAACGUUAUGGAAGAAAGAUAAAAAGUCUCUAUGAAAUGGAUAAUAAAAGGAACACAUGCUUUGGGAAUUGAUGGGUAUAUGCUUUUCCUGCAGGAGACCUACUAGCAGCAGGUUGAACAGUAAGAUCUCUGAGCAUAUUUCGGCGUCGGUAACUCCCCUCCAUGUUUGUCUGGAGGAACAAAGAGGACCAGAACUGGGCUUAUGUGACGCCUCAGCUCACAAGCCACAGGUCAAAAAGGUUUUUGAAAAUUACAAAGCACAAGAAGAGGCUGCAGAGGAAAAAUUGGAGAUUGGACUAGUUGUAAUUGAUAUCGGAGAGGUGGAGCAAAACCAGCCGAGUAUGGCCAAUACUAUUAGUAAUAUGAAAAUGACUAACCCCAUAAAGGGGCUUGUCAGUAAACGUCGUAAACGUUUCAAAGAAGAUGGCUUCGAUCUUGAUCUCACAUAUAUACGAGACAAUUUAAUAGCUAUGGGAUUUCCUGCUGAAAAGUUGGAAGGAGUAUACAGAAAUCAUAUUGAUGAUGUUGUCAAACUGCUAGAAUCUAAACAUAAGGAUCAUUAUAAAAUUUAUAACUUGUGUUCCGAGAGGUCCUACGAUUUUAACAAGUUUAAGCAAAGAGUUGCUACGUAUGCAUUCGAUGAUCAUAAUCCACCAAGGUUGGAACAAAUUAAGCCAUUUUGCGAAGAUGUACACACGUGGCUUUCUUUGCAUAAAGAAAAUGUAGCAGUAGUUCACUGUAAAGCAGGUAAAGGACGAACUGGUGUUAUGGUAUGUUGCUACCUUCUUCACAGCAAACAGUUCCCCACUGCCACAGAAGCUCUUAACUAUUAUGGUACCAAAAGAACACACGAUAGGAAAGGAGUAACAAUACCUUCCCAAAGGAGGUACGUGGGUUAUUAUGCUACUCUCGUUCAAGAGGGUCUAAAUUACCAGCCAAUUACAUUAAUUCUACGAAAAAUUCAAUUGGAUCCAGUUCCCAUUUUUAACGGGGGCCAAGGCUAUCUGCAUUUUGUAAUAUCCGAAUCAAAUAAGAAGGUAUUUAGUUCAGAAGUUCACGAGGUACGAAAAGGAAUGCAUUCUAUUUGUAUUCCGUUACAACAUAAUGUGGCUCUAACAGGUGAUAUUCGAGUGGACUUCUAUAAUAGGCCAAAAAUGAAGAGAAAGGAAAAGCUGUUCCACUUUUGGUUUAAUACAUUUUUUGUACGCGAUCACGUUUCAUCCGAGUAUGAUAACGGGGAAUUACCGGUUGAACGAUCGACGAGGGCAUUGAGUUGCGAUGGUACAGCCAUGGAAUUACCGAUGGUGAUGUCACAUGUAAAACCCCGAACAGGAUCUCUAGCUAGCCUUGGACCCAUGCCACCUACUCUUGUUUUGAGCAUAGACAAGUGGGGCUUAGACGACGCACAUAAAGACAAACAUCACAAAAUCUACAGUGCAGAUUUUAAAGUUAGUUUAUUUAUGCACCGAGUUGGUGGAAGUAAUUCGCCGGCUGUGCCAGCGACAACGAAUAGGUUGGGAGAGGGUGUACAAAUAGGAAUGGGUGGUCAGGAAACGCCCAGCGAAUCCAGUGAAGCGGAUAGCAGUGAAUGCGAUACAACGGGAGAUGAAGAUGGUUGGGAAUCUGGUGAGUCUUCUGCAUCUCUGGUGGUGAAUCACCACAAUCUUACACACAGCAGUAGCCAUACACAUGUUAAUACCCACCAAAGAACUAGUCUCAGAGAAACAGCUAAAGGUUUACUCUCACGUGGAGAUAAAAGUAGGAAUAGUCCUAGGCAAAGCACGGCUAGUGUAAAACGUUCUUCAACAUUUGUUCGUUCAUCCACGUUAGAUACAUAGUCGAUUCGUUGAUCUUGGAAACUCUUAGAAACUGAGUUCUUUCAACUGGCAUUAAACUUUGCAGAUUUAUGUAACUUCAGUUUUUAAGUUUGAAAAGAUUUGUAGCGUGUGUGUGUAUAUAUAUAUGUAUGUAUAUAUAUACAUAUAUACAUAUAUAUUAUAUAAAUAGUAUGCACACAUGCAUACACAUAUUCUGUUUUAUACAUAAACACACACACACACACACACACACACACUAUUGCUUGUUAAGAGAGUACAAUUUAAAGACAUUUAUUAUUUGACUUUUCCGCACUAUUUCAGCAUGAAAUGUGGUAAAGCAUCUACCAAAAAUGCAUAAGGAUUCUUUUUUAUUUUGAUCAUGGUUGGAAAUUCUUGUAAUCCCGUCUUGUAUGACAUUUGCUUCUUUUUCCAGUUAGAAUAAAUAUUGUCAAAAUAUAUUAAUCUUUCAUUGAAAAAUUAGUCAUUUUAUUAAUCUUACAAAUAGUAAUGAGAAAUCUCUUGGUUAAUUGUAAUAGGAGAAUACAAACAAAAUUUUACAUUCGAUAAUCUUCUUUAUUUUUUGUUACAAUAAUGAAAUUCUGCCGACACGUAUUUGUGAAAGUGAACGUAAUAAUGUUUAGAGAUCUAAUCUAUCUUAUCCUAAUCUAUUUUCUCAUGCAAAGAGUAUGGUACAUAUUAAAAUUAUACAAAUCUUACCACAGCACAAAAUUAGAAGUUUUUGUUGCACUAUUAUAUUAUUUGCAUGUCUUACAGCAACUCCUUGCCUUUUUUGGGUAUUGGGGAUUAUUAACAACUAUUGAUAAGUAAUUAAGAAUCUAUUUUUAAUUGAUCCUCUUAUUGAUUAUUCUAUCUGUUUCUACAGUAUUAAGUGUUUAAUCCAAUUUAUUUUGAACAACUUUAUAAAAUUGCUUCUGGAAUUAUGAUAUAGGAUUAUUGUAAAUAGUACAUUUUCAAUGUGGUAGUUCUUGCUUCUAAACAAGUUUGUAACUUCCAUGUGACAUAUUAAUAUACGAUAUAGUACAUUUCAAUCAUCAAAUAUGUUUGUCGUAUUUCUAACUAUACAUGCAUAUAGUAGAAUUACAAACAUUAUUGAUUUUAUUAGUUUAUAACAUAAGAUGUCUAUAUCUGCUCAGGCAUAAAAAAACUUGUUAAAUUUAGAUUUCUAUUUCUAUUAAAAAUAGAGAGUGUAUCUUGAUAAUAUAUAAAAAAAAAAACGUUAUAGUGAUGAUUAGUACUUUGGAAAUACCAAAGUCAAUUUGUGUAUAGACUGCUACAAAUAAUUAUAGUAAGAGUUUGUAAAAUAAUAUUGACAAUGAUAUAUGUAUCAAGAGAUUUCUUCUGUUUUAUUUUUCUUUUCUUUUUUUCUAUUUUUAUCAUGUAAAGAAAUUUUUUCUAAACACUAUUCAUUAGGCUGUGCAAUGUUUAAACUUUUUUUCCCCUUGAUAUUUCCCAUACAACCAAACAUUCAUUUAACAUCAAAACACAUUUUGUUUAAUCAAACAAAAAAAAAAAAAAUAUGUAUUUCACUGUAGAAUAUACUAAUCUUAAUAAUUGAGUUAAAGGUAGCAGUAAAGCGUUAUAUACGAAAAUAUUUAAAAGAUACCUGAUAAAAAUAUGCUAAUAUAAAAAUAAUAAACUUCUUCAUUGCACAUUUUAUUAUUUAGUUGUAGAGAUAUAAUCAAUGUUAUCAAAAGAUAAUCUCUAUCACAAAUAUUGAACAGUGCGUAUCUUACAGAUACGCGAGUAUUUAUAAAUACUAUAAAAUAUACAGUUUUAAAGAGCGGUCUUAAAAUUGAUAUUUUAUACAUGUUCAAAUUUGUGAUUAUUAAUAUGAAAACUGUGUACCUCUCUGCAAAGUGAGAACAGGGAAAAUUUAAUUCUUAUUUUGAAUUGUAUGAAUUUAAAUUAUAUUAUUAAAUUAGUAAUUUUCAGUUAGGCUGGUGCUUACUUACUUUAAGCAAAAGUUGAAAAAUCAGUUUAUAAGGGACCUAUAGAAUUCAGAUUUAAAGAAAAAAUCAGAAUUUAGUUUAUCAAUGAAUUAAAAUCGUCUUUCUACCGUUUAUAUAUAUAUAUAUUUCUCUUUUUAA